AUUUUUCAUUUCAUUGUGAUCAAAGAAAAAAUUGCUGAACGAGACGACGAGUCAAGUUUGUCAAAUUACACAUCGGUUCUUUUUAUUGGUGAAGUGAAAAAUAGGAAAAGAAACUCUGCGAUAAAAACACUUUUUUGCAUAAAAACCCCUUUAAGGAGUAUUUUGUAAAUAAUAUAGUUAAUAUUGUAAAGGUUUAUUGAUACAAUAACCAUAAAUAAGGCAUACGUGGUUGAAGAAAACGAGAAAAAGAAAACGAUAAGCGAGUGAAUUCUGUUUUUUUUAUUAAUAAAACAUGGCGCGUCUAACCUACGUCUAUAGAAUGGAGGACAUGAGUUAUGUGAACGUCGGCCGGAGACAAUUGCCCGUCAGUGCUGGUGAUGAUAAUCUAAUGAUGUUAAUGGAUCUUAACAGUAAAGGCUUGUGCAUCGAUAGUCCUCACAUUCGUGGCAAAGAACUCGAAGAGUUUACACGAAAAUUCAAUCUUCUUACAACGGAUGAGUUGCAUACAUCAUUGGAAAUUAGCAGCAAGACAUUCGUAUCCGUUCUAAAUCAGUGCGUUCAAUGUGUCGGUUGUCGACGACUUGUUGAGCGCCUUUUCUAUCAGCUUUCAAUGUCCGGUCAUCCAACGCUGGAUCCAUUGGUAUUGAAAAAUUCUUGUGUCCUAAGCAUAGCGGAAGAGAAAAUGAAAACACCACAAGCGUUAGGCACACUACUCUAUCGUCAUCAUGAAAUUCUAAAUAACCUGCUGGAAAGUAAAUUACGGAACAAGACCAGAUGUGUGUUACAUUCACUGGAUGCAUUUCGUUCGAAGCCAUUUUCAGAGACGUGGCGUGAGGUGUGGUCAUCGAUGAAACACAACUGUCGCGAAGAAUUGGCCGUGGUUGAGACAAAAGAAUUGCGUGAAGUCUUAGAGAAUUAUUUGAAAAAACAUAAAUUCUGCAAUGGUUGCCGUACGAAGAUCGAAAAGGCUUACAAAAUCUUAGUGGGUGAGACGACACCGAAAGAGAAAGGCUAUGUCCCCGCACUUUAUGCUAAUAUCAAAAAGUGUCACCCCGACAAGCAUAUACAUAUUUUCACGAACAAAAUCGACUUUCUCGACGCUCUUAUAAGGCGCGCCGAACCCGAAGUCAACGGAAGCUACUCCAAACUGAGAGAGCGACAUGCGAAAACAUUAGAGAUUGCGCAGGAAGAAGUUCUAACCUGUGUCGGUAUGAUCAUGUAUGAGCGUUUGCGUCGUGUCUACGUUAGUCUGCGUGAAGAGGAACGUGCCUGUCAAGUUUUAGCUGCUGUCGGCGUUCACGCAUUGUGUCAAAGUUUUGACAUGUCCGUGGAGAAGAAACAAGGUAUUAGCAAUUUAGAAUUGCUUUACCAAGAGAUUAGUCGUGCCGAAAAAGCCAAGGAACACAAACGCGAGCAGAAGAAGUUGAAAAAGAAGAAGAAGAAGAACGAGAAGAAAAAUUCUCGUGUAUGCGGCGAACGCAAGGAAAUCAAUGCAGGGGAAGAGGAGGACCAACAGGGUAGCGAAGAUGAAGACUUACAUGAACAUCAUGGUGCAAAGACUUCGGCGAAGAGUUCCAUAACAUCGACGUACGAUGAUGGUGAUGAAGCACUAGGAAACGAUGAAGACGAAGAAGAGGAAUACGAGGGCGAAGAAGAGACGGGGAAGAAACGACAUGUGUUAGCUGCUGGUCAGAAAUCGAAAGAGUUGGAGGAAGACGCAGGUGUGGAAUGUGAUCAUCUUGAAGGAAAUCACGAGGACGACGAUGCGGAUGAUGUUAGUAGUGAACAUCAUAAACCGCAUUCAGCAACAAUCCAAAACCCAGUUCAGCCAAAUACUCAGCAGCAGAAGAAAAAGAAACAAAAGCAAAAACAAAAACUAAAAACACCCCAAAAGAAAAAUUCCCCCACCAACAUUGGCAACGGCAACAACAAUAGUAGCGGUGCUAAUAUUAACAAGAACAAGGAGAAAUCUCAAAAAUCCGAAUUGUUGAGUAGCUCUUCUAGUGGUAAUCACCAGCAGGUGUUUGUUGUUAAAAACAACAACUCCUCCGAUCGCAUUGCGGCAACAACUAAUGCCACAACAACAAAAUGCAACGAUUGUCAUGCUCCAACAUCUGAGUGUCCUUGCGAAAGUGAUAUUAAAGAUUCUGGCUAUGGCAGUGAACCCUUGUCUCACGGCAAUUCGCGUACCUCAAGUGUUGUUUCAUCGCCCGAAGAUACCUCUGAAGGCUCAGAGGUAUCAUGUUCUGAUGGUUUUUGCAAUCACGAACGUACCACCAACAACAAAAAUGUGGUCAAUGACCCACACAAAUGUCAUUUGUCGUCAUCGAUUGAUGACAACAAUUGCGAUGACCAAUACAAUCGUGAUCAUUAUCACGAUGAUGAUAACUAUCAUCAUAAAUCGUUUGAUUAUAGCUUUGGUUCGGAUUCGUGUAAAUUCUUUCCAGAGGAUCAUUUCAAUACAUUGAGUCUGCAACAAAUGUUGGACGAUUUCGAUGGCGAUGAUGAAGCUGAAGAGAACUGUUACAUUCCCCAUGAAGUGGUCUUAGAGUAUCAGUGCCAACGUGAAAAGGUUCAACAACAACGCUUGCAAUUGCGCGAAACAUUGCGUGAAAAUUUCGCACGUCUGUGCAUGCAACAGGGACGUUCGAUGACCGCCUCUCCCUUUUCUAUGUCUAUUAAUAAGUUGUAAAGCAAACAAAAUAAUGUUGUCAUCAUUGUGAGUUCUUGAUAAUGUAAAGCAAAUGCUCUGUAAACUGCGCUCUGCCAAUGAGUGCAAACAUCAUCAAUAUUAUCCAGAACCAGUUAUAUUUUCAAAUUAUACACACAUCGAUGAGAAUAAUUCAUAUUAUGAUACGAAUAUAACUGUAUUCUCCUUCGCCUUUCCAACUCCCUACAUUAACGCACCCUUAACACAGGCGGAUAUUUAACCGUAACAUUAUGCGAUCGUUCGUCCCCUCUGCUGCAAACAAGAAGCCCCUUACAUUUCGUGCCGAAUAAAGUGCAGAACAUAUUUUGAUCAAGU